UGAAAGCUAGCGACGCCGGGAAGACUCGCUGAGGCUGUCAGAAGUUGCUGUUUCGCCCAGCAUGGGUGAAUCCUCAUCGGCUUCCUACAUCCGAAUGGUGCAACACUUGAUCGAGCAAUGCCUCGUCUUCCACAUGAACAAAAACGAGUGCAUGGAGGCCCUCGCUAAGCAUGCCAACAUCCAACCCGUCAUCACCUCCACCGUAUGGAAGGAGUUAGAGAAGGAGAACGAGGAGUUCUUCCAGACAUACAUGAAGGACCAAGAGGAGAAGGCUUUGGAGAUGGAGGCUGUGGAGAGGAGGAUACAGAAGAUCCUCGCUGAGACGGCUGCAAAAGAUUCGGACAAGGAAGAUUAAGAUCAAACUGUCCAUUAAAAUUACCUUUGUCCAUCAGUCAUCUUAUAUAUGUAUAGCCUCCUUAGAUUCCAAUACCACUUCAUCUCUUCUUGUUUCUCCAAAUCAAGUUUGAAUGAUGCAAUUUAUAGGCUACAAAAUGAAGGAUUAAACUGUGGUGGCA